GUUGUAUACGGAGAAAGUGUUCGUGGUGAACAGACAUCGUAAGACGUUCACAAGGUGUCUCAGAAAUUCCGUAUUAUUCUCAGCGUGUUCAUUAAAAACAGAAUGAAAAGCUGGCCCAUUCUGUUAGCGUGUCUAACGACAUGCACGCUGGCGACUCAAGUGACAUAUCAAACGUCAUCUUCAUCACAGAGUUCCAGCAGUACGAAUCAACAACAGCAACAAUGGUCUUGGCAAGGUCAAGAUUUACUUGGUGCUCCUAACACGCAAGAAGAAUCUUAUCAUCCUGUUUCGUUCACUGCACCCGAUGCUGUCAAACAAGAACAGUCGCAACAACAGCAACCAUACAACCCUAAUGUUCAAUCGCAAUCGAGCGGAGUCGCCGAAGCACUCGAUCAACGAACGGUAGAUUCUGUGAUCGAUAAUAUUCUCAUCUAUAAUCGACAGGGACGCAAUCUUGAAGGAUACGAUGAGCUCUAUGCCGAUCCAGACGUGAAAAAUGCUCUUCAAUUAGGGAACGAUACCGUAGCACGUAGUUACAUCAAAGAGAAACUAUGCUCUCUCGGUCUUAUGAACUGCGAAAAUCUAGAAGGUCGUCGUCCAUAUUACUCGCCUCACCGUGAUAUCCAUCCUCAUGACGUGAUCUAUGCUCAACCCGUGACGAUAAAACCCGUUGGUCGUCCGUUACCAGCUGUGCCUGUGAAACGACCAUAUAGAUUUGGAAAACCAGAAUCACUAUCGCCUGGUUUCGCUCCUGGACCAAUUUUGUCAGGGCCACCGCCGUCUUUCAUUGGAGCUGGACAUGGGCCAAUCUACUCAAGACCACCAUCAAGCUUUCUCGGAUCACAGAUAGGUCUAAAGAAACCCGGUGGUGGACCGAUCUACGCUACGAAACCAAUUUAUGAGCCUGGCUUGGACGCUGAGGUCGAUUUCGAGAAUAAAUAUCUAAAUAAGAAACAAGUGAUCCUACAGCAACCAGGUGGUCCCGUACAACAACACGUUCAUCAUCACUAUCACCAUGGAGAUUCGAUCGAUAACGUUGGGUCAACUCCGAUAAUUGGACCUGGACCUAUUGGUAACAAUGGUUUUAACGCUUAUGGCUAUGGCAACGGUGGUUCUUACGCUGGCACCAUUAACGAUUUCGAGGACUAUAGAAAGAACUUUAAAAUCAAGACAUCUAGCUCGGGUAACAAUUUGAACGAAGCCGCAUCGUCUAAUAGUUACGCGAAUGCUUUCUCAACUUACGAAAAAGUGAAGGGUGAUUCCACAGUCGGUGGAUCUAAUUCAUUGCAUACAGGAAAACAAUAUCCUGGUUUCGGUGCAAGCAAUCCUUACAUAGUCAAUAAUAAUUUUGCUUCGAAUGGUAAUAACUUUGCCGGUAAUCUUGGAUCACUUGAAAAUGCUUUCAACAAUGGAUUGUCCUCGUCGAGUUACGAAGACUGCGUGUGCGUACCUUACGAACAAUGUUCAACCAUCGACCAUGUUGGUCGCAAGGACGAUCUUUACCUGGCGAUCGAUCCUCGUAAUCUUGGAAAAAAUAUCGAAGCUGAAACCGUUGAAGUUGUUGUCACCGAUGGAAAUGGUACAAUGAGUAUCGUAAGAAUCCCGAAAGGAGUAAACGCAACUAAUAGUCUUGACCAUCGCAAAGAACAAGAUAACAACGGUGAAAUAUCAGAUUCCGAGGAAAAUAAUGAUUUCGUUGCAAGUGACAAGAGAACGAAGAGAGAUACCACAAAGAGGGCUGAACAGAAGGAGGAAAAUAAAGUAGAAGCUCAAAGCAGAUUGGUCGUUGGCGAUCUGGACACCUCGAAACUAAACGUGAAGCCUACUUGGGGCGUUAGUUUUGGUCUGCCUCAAAGCUACAUUAAUCCGACAAAUCCAUUCGGUGAUGGAUACGUUGGACAGGGCAUAAAUCUCGGUUUGGUAUCCGUAAAUCCUUUGGUGGCCGUUCAAGUUACCAAGGAUGAGUAUGGCGAGAAAGUGGUUAAACCACUGGUGAAUCUCCACGUAACACCAAACCCAGGACUCGUUUAUAAGUUGGGACAUUUGCUUGCUCAUAAGAAAGAAAAUUUACUAGGCAAUUAUGCACCAGAGUAUUAUCCAGCAGGGCCAGUGGUUUACGAAAAACCGAUUCAUCAUUAUCCCUCCAAACCCUAUUACCCAACGAUCCACGAGAAACCCUAUCAUCAGAAUUACUAUCAUUCCUCUUAUCAUAACAGUCCUCACUAUCAAAGUGGUUAUCCCGAUAAUUAUCGUGAUGACGACGAUUAUGAUUACGAGCCAGACAGUUUGGAAGAUUAUAACGAUUAUUAUAGAAAUGCUCGUACCAAUGCGUCCUACGACGAUGAUCCUCAAAAUUAUCCUAUCUCCGCGAAGAAUUCAUCGAACGGAAAGCAAAGCAGAAAGAUUGUUUUUCGAGAUAGAAAGAAGCGCGACGUGAAAACGAUCGUUGAAACGGAGGAGAGACAAUUUGGUCGUCCACCAGUAUGCGGUCCACGUCAUGUAUGUUGCCGAAGUAGCCACAUAAUUGGUUCGCGACCACGACCUGGCCAAUGCGGUACCAGAUACACGAAAGGCGUUAACGCUAGGAUCAAAACGCCAGCUUACAUCGACGGAGAUUCUGAAUUCGGUGAAUAUCCUUGGCAAGUGGCUAUAUUGAAAAAGGAUUCUACCGAGAGCGUUUACGUAUGCGGUGGAACAUUGAUCUCUCCCCGACAUAUCAUUACUGCUGCGCAUUGCGUGAAAACCUAUGCUGGACGUGAUUUGCGAGCUCGUCUAGGUGAAUGGGACGUCAAUCACGACGUAGAAUUUUAUCCAUAUAUCGAACGAGAUAUCGUUAGCGUUUACGUACAUCCCGAGUUCUAUGCUGGCACUCUCUACAAUGAUAUCGCCAUCCUAAAACUCGAUCAUCCAAUCGAUUUCGAUAAGAAUCCACAUAUCACUCCUGCCUGUCUUCCAAACAAACGUGACGACUUUAACGGAGCAAGAUGUUGGACGACCGGUUGGGGUAAAGACGCUUUCGGCGAGUUUGGCAAAUAUCAAAAUAUUUUGAAGGAAGUCGACGUGCCUAUAAUAAAUAAUCAAGUCUGUGAAAGUCAAAUGAGAAGAACGAGACUCGGAACAAGCUUUAAUCUUCAUCCUGGCUUUAUCUGCGCCGGAGGUGAGGAAGGCAAAGACGCUUGCAAAGGCGACGGCGGUGGUCCCAUGGUAUGCGAACGCAAUGGACAAUGGCAACUUGCUGGCGUCGUUUCCUGGGGCAUUGGAUGUGGUCAAGCGGGUGUUCCUGGUGUCUAUUCUCGCGUUUCUUUCUAUCUCGAUUGGAUACGACAAGUGAUCGAUCAAUAUUAACCACUCAUUGAAUUUAAUUAUUCUUCUCGAAAUAAGUUCUCGGAGUCGAAUUCCCUAUCGAAAAAAUAUUGUGAAACACGUCAUUAUUACUAUUAUUUAUUUUGAUAGACCUACGUGAACGAAAUCGUCUCUCUCGAAGUUAAAUUUCAUUUAACCUAUUGCUUUUAUUAUUUUUCUCGAAUUAGUUCUCGCAGUCGAAACUAAUUUCAUUAUUUCUUUCGAUAUCUACAAAUAUUCCUUUCUCGAUAUUAAUUUGAUCUUUUUAUAAUACAUUCCUCCGAAACAAUGUUAUACUUAAGAAAUAAUUUAUUGUAUAUAUUUUGCUGGAAAUAACUCGGGCUUAUAUUUAGAUAUGUUUAUUUAAUGACUUUGUUCGAUUCAUGCUAUUAU